AUGGGUCUGCACGAAGACGAGGACCGCCAGUUUGCGGCGGAGGUUCAGGCCGUUCAAAACUGGUGGAAGGACUCUCGAUGGCGCUACACCAAGCGGCCUUUCACAGCCGAGCAGAUUGUGGCCAAGCGCGGUAACCUGAAGAUCGAUUACCCGUCCAAUGUGCAAGCAAAGAAGCUCUGGGGUAUUGUGGAGUCAAACUUCCAGAACAAGCAGGCCAGCUACACCUACGGAUGUCUUGAGCCUACCAUGAUCACUCAAAUGUGCAAGUUCCUCGAUACUAUCUACGUCUCUGGCUGGCAGAGUUCGUCCACAGCUUCGUCAACUGAUGAGCCUUCCCCCGAUCUGGCUGAUUACCCCAUGGACACCGUGCCUCGCAAGGUGAACCAGCUGUUCAUGGCACAGCUCUUCCAUGACCGUAAACAGCGCGAGGAGCGCGUUACUACCCCCGCAGGCCAGCGAGGAAACGUCGCCAACGUCGACUACCUGCGACCCAUUAUCGCCGAUGCCGACACCGGACACGGCGGUCUGACCGCUGUCAUGAAGCUGACCAAGCUGUUCGUCGAGCGUGGUGCCGCCGGUAUCCACAUCGAAGAUCAGGCCCCCGGCACAAAGAAGUGCGGCCACAUGGCCGGCAAGGUCCUCGUUCCCAUCAGCGAGCAUAUCAACCGCCUGGUUGCCAUCCGCGCCCAGGCCGAUAUCAUGGGUUCCGACCUCUUGGCCAUUGCCCGUACCGACUCCGAGGCCGCCACCCUCAUCACAUCGACCAUCGACCACCGCGACCACGCCUUCAUCGUUGGCUCCACAAACUCAAGCAUCCAGCCUCUAAACGACCUGAUGGUGGCCGCUGAGCAGGCCGGCAAGAACGGCGCCCAACUCCAGGCAAUUGAGGACCAAUGGACCGCCCAGGCCGGCCUCAAGCUCUUCAGCGAAGCCGUCAUCGAUACUAUCAACUCCGGCUCCCACGCCAACAAGAAGAGCCUCAUCGACCAAUACCUCUCUUCAUCCAAGGGCAAGAGCAACACCGAAUCCCGCGCCAUCGCCAAGAGCCUGACCGGCGUCGACGUCUUCUGGAACUGGGAGUCUCCCCGUACCCGUGAGGGCUUCUACCGCUACCAGGGUGGCACUCAGUGCGCCGUCAACCGCGCCAUCGCAUACGCGCCCUUCGCCGAUCUCAUCUGGAUGGAGAGCAAGCUGCCCGACUACAAUCAGGCUAAGGAAUUCGCCGACGGCGUUCACGCCGUGUGGCCCGAGCAAAAACUCGCCUACAACCUCUCACCCUCCUUCAACUGGAAGAAGGCCAUGCCCCGCGAGGAGCAGGAGACCUACAUCGCGCGUCUCGGCCAGCUCGGCUACUCGUGGCAAUUCAUCACUCUGGCUGGAUUGCACACCACUGCGCUUAUCUCGCACCAGUUCGCGAAGGCGUACUCGCAGAACGGCAUGCGCGCCUACGGCGAGCUCGUCCAGGAGCCCGAGAUGGAGCAGGGCGUUGACGUCGUCACCCACCAGAAGUGGAGUGGCGCCAACUAUGUUGAUAAUCUGCUGAAGAUGGUUUCUGGUGGUGUGAGCAGUACUGCUGCUAUGGGUAAGGGUGUGACCGAGGAUCAGUUCAAGAACUGAUUUAUGAUGCGGCUCAUGUUGAUACCCUGAUGGUCUUGACUGUCUGUCUAUAUAUGUGCUUGAUGUCUUGUUUUUGUUGAUUGUGGCGUUUUCUUUUUCGUUUCUAUACAGUCUUGAUUUGAUUCCCUGUCGGUCUUGCUCUCCCGUUGGAGGGUGAGGUGGCCGAUUUAUUUUGCAUUUCGGAAAUCACAGCAUAUUGUUUUACAUCUUGAAUGAAUGUGAAUUCUUUUGAAGUAUGC